GCUACGCUGGAACACACUGCGAAUCAAACAUCGACGAGUGCCUCUCCAGUCCCUGUCAGAACAAUGCCGUCUGCACUGACCUGAUCAACGGGUAUCGCUGUCUGUGUCCCUACGGUUUCGAGGGAACGAACUGCGAGAAAUCGGUCGACCAGUGCUACCACAACCAGUGCCGAAACGGCGGCACCUGCCACAACGUCCAGUCCACCUACAACUGCUUCUGCCCGGACGGUUUCACAGGUCGCAACUGUGAAAUUAACAUCAACGACUGCGAGUCGAAUCCCUGCUUCAAUGGCAAGUGCAUCGACAGCGUCAACUCCUUCAAGUGCAUCUGCAACACCGGCUAUACAGGACUGAUGUGCCAAAGUCAGAUCAACGAGUGCCUCUCCAACCCCUGUCUUUUUGGCGGAACGUGCAUCGACCAGUCAUCGGGCUACGAGUGCCGCUGUCCGAAUGGCACCUCCGGGACGAACUGCGAGUUCAACGACAACGAGUGCUGGUCAAAUCCCUGCUUCAACGGCGGCACCUGCCACGACCUGAUCGGCAAGUACCGCUGCCAGUGUCCGGUCGGCUUCCGCGGCGAGCAGUGUGAGGUGGACAUUGACGAGUGCCAGAGCAGUCCCUGCGCCAAUGGCGCCACCUGCUACAACCUCCCAAACGCCUUCAAGUGCGUCUGCCCAAAGGGCUUCUUCGGCUCCCGCUGCCUGUCGGACAUUGACGAGUGUGCCGACAGUCCCUGUCUGAAUGGCGGCACCUGCGAGGACGACCUGAAUAAGUUUCUCUGCCACUGUCCGCGCGGUUUCACCGGGCGGCGCUGUGAGAUGAACAUCGACGACUGUGCCUCGAAUCCUUGCCAAAACAGCGGACGCUGCUACGAUCAGAUCGGCAACUUUACCUGCCAGUGCCAGUUUGGCUUCACCGGUCUAAUGUGUGAGAUCAACAUUGACGACUGCGCCUCAAAGCCGUGUCAAAAUGGCGGCCGGUGUAAGGACAUGAUUGGCACCUUCCGUUGUGACUGUCCCAAUGGUUUCACCGGCAACUACUGCGAGGUAGACAUUGACGAGUGCGCCACGAACCCCUGCGCCAACGGCGGCCUCUGCCAGGACCGCCCGAACGGCUACCAGUGCAACUGCAUGAUCGGCUACUACGGCCCCAACUGCCAGUCGACCAGCCCCGAAUGUCGGCCCGAGUACUGCUCCAGCAGCGGCCAGUGCCUGAUGAAGGGCAACCAGGUGAGCUGCGUCUGCAACCCCGGCUACACCGGCUACCGCUGCGAGACGAAGAUGGACAUCUGCGACAGCAAUCCCUGCCGCAAUGGGGGCGUCUGCAUCGGCACCGGCUUCGGCUCAUUCAAGUGCCGCUGCCCCUUCACCCACUCCGGCUCACACUGUGAGCAUCUGCACGACACACUGGCCAUACUGUCGCAGGGCCCCUGGCGGGACUGCCCUAAUGCGAUGCACUGCCAUGAGCGUUUUGGCAACAAGAUCUGCGACCCCGAGUGCAACAGUCCGCAGUGCUUCUACGACGGCUUCGACUGUCGGUCGGCGGGCAGAGGUGGUAGCGGUGGAAAUGGUGGUGGUGGUAAUGGUGGUGGCAGUGGCCAGUUUACCGGCACCUGCCUCCCUGAAUAUGACACCUACUGUGCGCUGAACUACGGCAACGGCCACUGCGACCAGGGCUGCAACAACACCGUCUGCGGCUGGGACGGCAUGGACUGCAUCCUCGAGGUGGCCAAGGAGAAGGAGGUGAUGAUUGUCCUGGUGGUGGAGAAUCUGAGCAUCGACAAGCUCAACAGCAGCGCCAGCAACAGCCAUCCGAAGAAGGCCACCGAGCUGCUGCGCCAGCUCAGUAUCAGCACCGGCAAUGUCUUCAGCCUCGACGAGAUGAAGUCGACGGAGACGGGCACCGUCCUGGUGACGAAGAUGGACACCAGCAAGUGCCCGGAAGGAGAGGGUGCGUGCAUUGAAAAUGCAGAGGACUUUAAGCGGUGGAUGCGCUUCAACCAGUACACUGCCUCACGGAUGGAGCAGUACCUGCUGGAGAACGCCAUGAGUCUGAAGGUGGACACCGACAAGGCGAGGGUCGAUCCGACGUCUCCGGUUCCCGGGGCGCAGAACUUCACCUACAUCAUACUGGGCCUUUUCACCCUCCUCUUCAUUGGCAUCCUCCUCGGCGUCCUCUACAGCAACAGUCCUGUGAAGGGGAAGAAGAUGAGAGCGGCCACCUGGUUCCCCGAGGGUUUUGCCUCCAUCUACGGCUCAGGACGAUCGCGCACUCAUGACGCCAACGGCAAUGGCAAUGGCAACGGCAGUGGCAACCACGGCCACAACCACAACAGCCGCCACAGCAGCUCGGUGGCCAAUGCUGCAGGAGGCAACUUCCGGCGGAACAAUCGCCUCAAUGGUCUGGAGCUGGGCGGUGGCCUGAAGCACUCCACCUCGAUUCGCUACCAGGCGGACGGCCAGGAGAUGCGUCAAUUCAAGUCGCAGGAGAAUCUCUUCAACGACGAGAAGAACGGCCACGGCGGCGGCCACUGCCUGGCGCGAGAGGGCAUCUACGAAGAGCCAUAUGAGAACCGCCACUGGACCAAUGAGCACUACAAUGCCAUUCAGCAUGACGUCCUGACGCCGCCACUGCCCACCACCGCCUCGCUGGUGGACGUGCCCGGCCCACACGGCCAGACGCCGAUGAUGGCCGUCAUCAUGAACAUGCCCCUCAGCACCUACGACAACCCCGAUGCGACCACAGAGAACAAGGCGAUCACCGAUCUGCUGAGCAGUGGAGCCAAUCCGAGCCUCGUCUGCGACAAAACCAGCGAGAGCUCCCUGCACCUGGCCGCCCGGUACGUGCGCGUCGACGCCGCCAAGUCCCUCCUCGACUCCUUUCCCGACCUCUGCCACGCCCGGGACGCCAACGGACGGACACCGCUCCAUACCGCCAUUGCCUCAGACGCGAGGGGCGUCUUUGAGAUUCUCCUGCGCAGUCGCAAGACGGACUUCAAUGCGCAGACGCACGACGGCACGACGCCUCUCAUCCUGGCCGCCCGCAUGAACAGCGAGGGCAUGGUGGAGGAGCUGGUGAAGGCGGGCGCAGAGCUGAACAUGGUCGACGAAAGUGGCCGGACGGCCCUCCACUGGGCCGUCUCCGUGGACAAUGUCCGCGCUGCGGAGGUGCUGCUGGCCAAUGGCGCCGACCGAGAUGCGAAGAAUGGGAAGGAGGAGACGCCCCUUUUCCUCGCCGCCCGCGAGGGCGCCUACAAGUGCGCCAAGCUGCUGCUCGACUUUCACGCCAACCGCGACAUCACCGACCACAUGGACCGCCUGCCGCGUGACAUAUCGAUUGAGCUGCACCACACCGACAUCACCGACCUGCUGGACCGGCACGAGCCGCCGGCGAUGAUGGCGCAGGUGAUCAGCCCUGGCUCCUGCGGUUCCUCCUCGAUGAUGUCGCCCAACUCGGUGCACAAUGGAG